UACCGUGCGGUAUGAUGCGGACCCUGUGACGCGGCAGUGUCGAUACGGCUGUGGCGGUUGCAGGUCGUGUGGGCGAUAGCGUGAUGCGAGCAAGUGGCUUUCUCGCUGGCUAAAGAUCCCCGCAGGUGCACGCAUCGUCGGGAAUCAUGGAAGAAGUUUUUCAGAACGGCAACUAUCAGAGGGAGGCUAACGCCAACAUGACCGCCGUCGAGACGCGGAAAGAGGGAUGCCUGCUCGAUCACAUGGAGAUCUCAAUAGUCGAGGCUGAGAAAAGGGCGAAUAGGGCGCUUAAUCUAAGAGAAUUCUACACGGUAUACCUCAUUGAAACUAAAGUCACAGAUCCAGAUUUCAAAAGCGCGCUGACUAGAAUAAGUUCGUUAUGGCGACGAUACACCGAGUUUGAAUUACUCCGUGCUUACCUGGAGAUCUCGUAUCCUUACAUCGUACUACCGCCACUACCAGAGAAGAAAGUUCUCUAUGCGUGGCAAAAAGUAACAACUGAUACGUUCGAUCCAGACUUUGUUGAUCGUAGAAGAGCGGGUCUCGAGAAUUUUCUCAUAAGAGUGGCGUCGCAUCCCAUACUAUCGCGCGAUGAACACUUCAUGGGAUUUCUCCAGCAAAAGGACGGCUGGAGAGAGAGUGUCAAAGAAACGGGCUACCUGCAGAUUGCAGAGUCGAAAUUGAAAGCCCUUAGCGUAGCGGUACGACUAAGAAAGCCGGAUAAACGUUUCGAGACUAUAAAAAAUUACGGAAUUGAGCUUCAGAAUAAUUUAUGCAAUCUGCUGCGAGUACGCGCGCGUCUCGUCGAGAAGCAACACAGUCUAUACAAGUUACACGCGAAUUACGGUCGCGUCUUUAGCGAAUGGAGUGCCAUAGAGAGAGAGAUGGGCGAUGGACUGCAGAAAUCGGGACACUACUUGGACUCAUUAGCGGCAACGAUAGAUACUACUCUCGAGGAGGAAGAACUUAUAGCCGAUCAGCUGAAGGAGUGGUUGUUUGGCGCCUCCGCCUUGCAAGCUGUGGUUAAACGUAGAGAAGCUCUGCAGUUGGCCAAGGAUGAAGCCCACGAUGCUUUAACUGCCGCAUUCGAACAGAAAGACAAAGUCAUGCAAGGUAAGGCCGGUCUGAUGUCGCGCUUAUUCGGCUCCGUGGAUACCGAGGAAGUUCGCGAAUUGAAGAUCCUUCAAUUGGAACAGCGAAUCGCACAACACGACGAGGCUGUCAAACAAGUCGACGAAGACUUAAAGUCUUUCUCAAUCAAAGCCAUGAUGGACAUCGAAAGAUUUCAACACCAAAAAGUCAUCGACUUGAAGGAGACUUUGGCGGCUUAUUGCGUAUUGCAGUUCAAAUUAGCUAGAAAGGGUCUCCAGGCGUGGCAGCACAUCAAGGGUUGUCUCGAGAGUAUGCCGUAAAAAGUCUCAUUGUAAGAGACUGUAUCGCAAAACAAUAAUAGUUUACGCGUCUCUCUCUCUUCUCUCUCUCUCUCUUUCUCUCUCUCUCUCUCAUGCGAAUUAUACAUUCCUGCAUUUGUAAGUUUACUCAUGCCGUACGCUUAUUAUUAUAUUGAUGUACAUGUUUGUUAUUAUUAUUUAAUGUCAAAUCUAUACACACACACACACACACCACA